AUGUCGUACUUAAAAGAACGAGGCAUUUUCGCUCCUAAGAAUAGUGAUAUUGAUGAAAUCAAUUCUAUUACGCUUUCGAUGCUUCCUGGAGAGAUGAAAACUUUUAACAGUGCUGAUAAAUUGUGUCUAACAGAAAGUGAGAGCAACGUUCAAGACAUGAACCCUCCUGAACUUUUGCAUUCUUUGAAUUUACCAGGACUUCCAAAUCAUUGUUUGCAAUUAAAAGUUGGAACACCAAUAAUGCUUCUAAGAAAUGUCACCCAAUCUUUGGGAUUAUGCAAUGGCACUCGAUUAAUUGUUGAUAAGAUGGUAAAUCGAGUAAUUAAAGCUAGAGUUAUUACAGGGUCUAGAGUUGGUGACGAGGUUUUGCGGGAUCAUAAUGGAGAAUAA